ACUGUUUGCACCUCUGGGUUGUAGUGCGUGCUUCUGUUGUCGUCGCGUGGAGUGCGGUGCCUCUGUGCGUGAACAGCGUGUGCCCUCACGGCUGAUCGAUACGGAGCCUUUUCACGAGCCUUAUUUUCCCCACCAGUACUGCCCCCCUCUUGGUCAGACCCAGCGUUCGCCUCCAGGUCACAACAACAGCUGGGAUGUACGAGUGAAGAGACCCGCGCCCGCCCGGACCGCAGCGCCCGCAGGGGUACGCAGACAUGGACAGGAUAGGGGUGUCGUUCCUGGACCCUCUGAAUGACUAUGAGCUGAUCCACCGUAUCGGCUGCGGCACUUAUGGAGAUGUUUUCAAGGCUCGUAACAUCAGGACAUCUGAACUGGCGGCGAUCAAGAUUGUCAAACUGGACCCAGGGGAUGACAUCACGUCGAUCCAGCAGGAAAUCACCAUGAUGAAGGAGUGCAAACACAAAAACAUUGUGGCCUAUUUUGGCAGCUACCACAGGAACACAAAAUUGUGGAUCUGCAUGGAGUACUGCGGAGGAGGAUCCCUACAAGAUAUUUACCACUGUACAUGAACACUACUAUUACUCCUCAUUACUU